GUCUCCUCACAUCGUCCCGACUCCUCGUCGCGUCCCACUUCAACCUGCCGACUCUUCUUGCUAACUACUAUUACCACGCGUCUGGCUACUACCUGUACAAAGCUUGGGUGCUCCCACGUUUCAGCAUUCUGCUUUCAACUCAAGUCGCUGAGAGUAUACGAGACGGGGGGUUGAGCGAGGACGUUAUCAGUAGUACCACUAGCGUUAGUAGCGCCGCAAUCAAUGCGGAUUCGUGUCGUAUAAGCCAUGCAGGAAGAGAGCGAAGCUCACUCGGGCGAAAACGGCGAGUCACCGCACACGUCGUCCCGCCGCGCCGACUCCCCCAGCGCGAACGCGAACUCCCCGUCGCUAGAAGAAUCUGACGGGGAGCCCAUCGCAAUCGACGCAACGGACGAUACUAGAGCUUCGCUUCAACUCCAACGCGACCCACACCCUCAACUACCGCCCCUCGCUCCUCGCGAACCCACCGAUCGCUCUAAUCCAUCACAGCCCGCCGUGGCGGAAGGACCCCAUAGUGCUACAGAUAAUAAUAAUGAUAGGCCCGUCGCGUACCGCGGGGUGAGGCAGCGGCGAUGGGGUAGAUGGGUGACAGAAAUCCGGGAGCCGGUACGGGGCCAGCGGAUAUGGCUCGGAUCGUACGACACUGCGGAAGAGGCCGCGCGCGUGUACGACAUGGCCGCGCGACUAUUACGCGGGCGCUCUGCCCGGCUGAAUUUUCCCGGGCAGCAGGUGCUGCCCGUGGCCCUUCCGCGAGGCACGGCGGAAAUUCUGCUUGAGGCGAGCCGGGAGGCUGCUCGUCGGACGCAGCGGAGACAGCAGCAGCGGCAGCAGCACAGGGGACAGCAGCAGCAGCAGCAGCAGCAGGCUGCACGCUCGUCGCAGUCGCUGCCGCUUCCACCGCCACAGCAGCAGCAGCAGCAGCAGCAGCAGCAGCAGCAGCAGCAGCCGCACGUAGAGCAGGCGCAUCGCAUGCAGCAGGCAUGGGGACCGGCAUCAGGAGCAACGGCAGCAGCCGAAGCGGCAAGUGGAGAGCCUGACUCACAGCACCCGCAGGUAGUAGCAUCACCUGGAGUACGCCGGACGGUGACGCCGCCGACUUUUGCCGCGGGGCAACUAGAGGCAGCAGACGGAGGAGUGGAACCGACAGGGACAGGGGCAGAGUCUAGCGUGCUCUCGUCGCACAUUCAAGCCUUGGCGCGCAUUGCGGCGAUGCAUUCCAGUGACACUGGAGACCCGUCCUCUCAACCAUUACUGACCAGUGCUACUACAGCUGCUGUCGCCAGUUCUCCACCCCUCCCGCACGACGCACAGCCAGCCUUCAGCACGUCCCAGGUCGGAAACACCCCGGCAAUGGGUUUUCCUAGUAGCAUCCCCGGCCCUCCUGCUGGCAGCAACGUGGAUAUGCACAGCCUCGCUGUGGCUGCUGCAGCCGCUGCCGUUAUUCUAAGGCAGGCCGCAGCAGGCACAGGGAGGCAGUGCUCCCAGCGAGACAUGGAGAUCCUCAUGGGGGCCAUGGGCGCGAGAGCGAGCUCGCAGAUGGGGGCCACCGGCGGCGGCAGCAUGGGCACUGGCAGCCGCGUGGCUGCGGACUUGCUGGAGAGCUUGAGGUCGGCAGAGAGGGCUGCCAGAGGGGGUGAUGGAGCAGCGGUGGAGACUUCCGCUGAGGAUGCUGCAAGGGGGGGAAUGAUGGGGAGAGGAGAGCAGUUGCGGGUGGAUGAGCAUGGGUGGGAGGGGCGGGAACAGGGCGCGCUGGGCGUCAGUGGAAGGCCACGGCAUUGGCAGGGACAGGGACAGGGAUUCGUAGGAGAGGGGCCAGGGCUGGGAGCACUUGCGAGGAAUCCAGGAGUCGUUGGUGGAAGGGGGCAUGCAAUUGGGCAGGAAGGAGGAGAGGCGGGAGUGAGCAGUCCUGGAUACUAUCUGGGAAGGGCUGUGGCCCAACAGCACCAGCAGACUCGUAGAGCCGGCUCGUUCCAGGAGACUGUAUCAGCUGCUUGGUCAGAGUCCCCCGGUUCUGACUUGGAUGCUGCAAUGUGGGAAGGAGGGCAAGUGGAAGGGGGAGGACAGGGAGGCACAGCCAGAGAAGGGAGUGUGGAGGUGGAAGGUGGUGUGGACAGUGAGCUAGAGAGGUUCUUAAUGGGAAUUGUGACUGGAUCAGGGGUGACUGAGGAUGAUGAGAGGAGCAGCCCUCCAGGCGGAGAUGCUUCGGGGAAUUAAGCCACAUAAGGUAGUAUGGAGAUUGCCUUGAUGGACACAAUUACGGAUGGAUGAUACAUGCUGAAUGGAGCAUGCACGAAAAGGCUAUGUUGGAUGCUAAGGCGACUAUUAGCCCACGUUAUGCUAACCAAUUCUUAAUUGUUUGACAUCUAGGCCAACGUCCUUCUAACUGUUCGAAGUUUUUAUUGAAAGGAUGAUGAGAGUAGCUUCAUACG